AUGGCCGGAGACGAUCCGUUCGCCUUCCUGGAGACACAGCAGCCGACCAAGCCGCUCGAGCCGUCCAAGUCGAUCAAGAAACUCAAUUGGGGCAGUCAGAAAACCACCGACCAGCGGACCAAAUGGCGCGAAAAGCUGUUUUCCAAGGACCGCGAUGCAAAGCAUGCUGCCGAGACCGAACGCCAGCUGGACGACUUCCUGGGCUCCAGCCGUCCUCCUCCCCCGCGACCGCUGCCCGAAGCCCCAACGCUCCCUGCCAUUGACUUAGGUUCUCCAUCGCACUCGCCAGUGCUAGCUACCACUCCCCCGUCGCCGAAGAAGAGUAUCGCGCUUGUCCCCCCCAAUGCCGCCCCCGCUAGUCCGCCAAAGAAAAGACGGGCCAAGGGCUUACGUGUCGCAUUUAGUGACAGGAAGCCGGACGUGAUCGGUGAAGGUGGCGAUGAGUCGGAGGAACCGACAAUGGAAAUAUCGCGGAAUAAGGCGAGGCGACCCAGUCAACCAGAGCCAGAGGAAUCGUCGCAGAGCGAGUCGUAUGAGGAUCUGGAGCAUCGUCGCCCGACCCUGCCCAAUCUAAUGGUGGACACGUCCUUUGCCCGUGGUGAUGAUGCGCCGAGUGGUGGUGGGAAAUCGGAGAAGGAUCCUUCAUGGAAGCCUCUCCUCCUCAGUCCGCAGGACCAAGAUUUGUUGAUGGCGUUCGACACAGGAGACCGAGGAUCAAGGCUGUCGCUGCGCGCAUCGUCAGAUACAAACUCUUUUGCCAGGCGCGUGCAGGCUCGCAUGCAGGCAGAAGAAGGUUUGGCACUUCAUAAGCGGUUAGAUGAUGAGGCUGUAUCUCCCACUGCUGAAACUGCCGACGGCGAGGCGCUACAGAAACAGCUGCAACCGCUAUCGCCGCCACAACAAGAGACUCUGCCUACACGCCCAUCAUUCGCCUCCCAACGCUCCCAGUUGUCUCAGCAGUCCUUGACUGUCGACGAUGGCAUGUCGGGUUCGCUGUCACUUCGCACAAGCCCUGUACCUGCCGUGCAUGAACAAGCAAAGAUGCUACGUCAAGGAUUCUCAGCUGAGCGUCAGUCGCCGGGAAGCUCUACCAGCAGUGCUUCACCACCGCCGGAUGAGCCAAGAUUAGCUGGGAUACCCGCCGAGCCCCCGCGACCUCCGUCAAGCCGUGACACACCAGAGCCUCCUCGACCGACAGUUGCCGCUGUGCCUCGAUCAGCCAAGAUGACCCUUCGUUCUGUUGCCAAUGCCAUGGGAGAUAAUGCUUAUCAAGAUUUCACUACACAUGUUGAAAAAUACACCAGUCUCUAUCUCCUGGCUGCGGAGAGCGUGAAACCGUUGAUGGAGACUUCUUUCCCAGAAUGGGUAAGAGCCUCUACCUGGUGGUUUUUAAAAGGUCGAUUCGGUCUUGAAACCGCUGUGCGGUCUGGCGGGAGCCCCGAUAAAUCUGUUGCUGAACAGGCGGUUGUGGAUCUCGGAAAAGCCUGGUGGAUAUGUAACGACAUUGUCCCUAAUCAUCCUGAAAUAGCUCGCUAUGGCAAAAUGAGCAUGGAUGCUUUGGCUGCUGUGAUAAAUACAACUGGCGAUCAAAGACUGGCGGCCCUGGUCAAUUUGCACCAAAAGGUGAUCAAUCACUUACGCGCAUUGACGGUGUCGAUGAAACGAAACCAAAUCCUCACCACAAUAGAAACCCAGCCGAAUGCCAAUGAGCAUGCCAUUGACUCUACUAUCUGGUUGAGGUAUCCAUUCUUUGCCCCCGACGUGGCCGCAGCCUUUUCAGGGUCCAAUCGACGCUCCAUGUUGAUCGAUUCAUCCGCUCACCUGGCUUCUACUCCAGACAUGAUGCUUUUAGGCGACACUAGCCGCUUUUUUAGUUAUGGAACUAUGUUUGUUGAAGUGUCUUUGGCGGGAGAUGAGGACUACGACUCCCCACAGUAUGCCAUACAGUGUUUACUGUCAAUUAAACGGGACCGGAACGACUGGUACGUUCUUGGUGCCAUUUCUAGCCAAAGCGAGUUGGUCAAUAUCAUUAUUCAAUCCGAUCGGAAGAAUGGACCGACGUGGGAUGAUGUCAAAUGGCAUGUAAAGACACGCACAAUGACGGUGAAACUACGCCGUGGCUUUGAGUUGAACGUCGCCUUCCAGGAGAAAGACUUCAAAAUGAUUUGGAACAUCGUUCAGUAUACGCUGAAAACAGAGGCUAGUCUGCAGCCAGAGGCGGGAGAAACGAAGAUCUUCCACGAUACGCUCAAAGUGUUCCAGUAUAUGGAUAGCGGCACUCCCAAAGCAUUCCCCUCUGAGCCUUCGCCGAUGUGUCGAAUGGCCUUGUUCGAAAGGACUGUCACGGUGACCGAAGGCACAGGCAGUCGCAAAGCUCACCGAGGCUUCCGGCUAGCUGUUGUUACUAACCCUCAGACGAAAACACUCAGCAGCGUUCGCCACACCCUUGGAUAUGGAGCCCCGAUCGUUUUUGGCUAUCUUCGCGGUGAAAAUGGGGCGCCCGCUCUUUUACUCAACUUGAAGGAAGACUCUAGAGCACGCUCAUUAGUUUUGACCUUUGACCGGAUCGAGCAGCGAACCCUCAUGCACUCUUUGUUACUUGGCAUGCUCGCAAAUGAAAGAGAAACCACCUCGCCCAACCUGCCUAUUCGUUCGUAUGCUAUUGAACAGCCUGGAGAUCCUGUGAUUGGCACUCGCGACGUCUCGCAUGUCAAGUUCAAUGCAGGUUCCGUGUCUGUCAUCAACCUGGAGCCUGAAUUUAUUGAUCACAACUAUCCGCUGAACGUUUUGUCUGAGAACCUGCGCGUCUUGGUUAGCACUGACUGGGGUACCAUUACAGACCGCAUUAAUAUUGGACCUGGAGAGAUGAAGAUUGGCUUGGACACAAAUUUCGACACUGCCUUCCACAUGUAUCGGACUCAGCAGGAAGAUAUGACUGUCUCAAUUGCUGAAAACCUGGUAGAGAAGGAGCUUCCAGAUCGUCUAACGCAGUUCCUAGACACGGCUAAAUCCAAGUCAAUGAUUCGCCGUUACGAAUUCUCCUCAUUAGAGACUCUACAUGCUUUUCAAGAAAUCAUCACGGGUUACCGCGUCGUUUACGAUGGAAUGGCAGUGUCCUUUGCCAUUUCUCGCCGGCGCAUGGUUGUUCCCAUUCACAAGAAAUGGGAGGCCAGCUCGGUCAGACUACAGCUCGUGCGGCAGAACAAAACAAUCCAGCUACUUGCAUUCUUUGGCAACGAUUUCAGCCAUGGCAAAUGCAUGAACUUUGUGCUCAAGGGAACCGACACGUACGAAAGCUUAAACCGCUCAGGGAAGAUUGGGGUUCGCAUCGUGGAUGCCAAAUUCGCCCUCCCCAAGCGCGAGGAAGAGGAAGCCUCGCGGUUUGUCUGUCUAGACAUGCCAGAGUAUCCAAGUGAACAUGACGAUAUCACAAUAAUUUUCGAGUCAGAGCAGGGUAAGUUUUCAGUUUUAUUCACGCUUCAACUAAAUCUGGUGCUGACUGCAAUGUAUAGAGCGAACCAAAUUUCACUCUGUUCUACCAGGUGUUCUGCGAGCACCCGCCCGCAUGGCCUCGAUGCGACGAUGAGCCUCUCUUAUUUUCCACUAUUUGCCUCUUCAUCAUCCUCGUUUUCCUCAAGACCACGCCCUCUGACAAGUCAUGUGACCUGUGCUGGCGACAUCGGAUGGCCUGAUCAUCGUUCCCCACCUUUCCCCUCAUCACGCCUUUUCGUACAGGCGAUAAAGCCAACUCGGCAUCCAUUAUUUGCCAAGCCAGCCACCCUUGCUAUUCACGCCGAUAAUACCGUCAACAAAGUCGCUGACGUUGCCCCUCCUAUUCACCUAUCGACAACCUAUCGAUACCCAGACGAUCCAAACGCAUUGACCCCUGCUGCUGACUUUAAGGGUGAUAUCCAUGACAUUGACUUUGUCUACUCUCGUUUGGCAGCGCCCAAUUCGAGUCGGUUUGAAACUAUCCUCACGUCUUUGCUCAAGGGAAACGCCCUCGCCUACGGAUCUGGAUUGGCUGCAUUGAAUGCGGCCCUGGUGCUCUUGAAUCCGCGGCGCAUCUCGGUGGGCGAGAAUUAUCAUGGUUGUCAUGGCGUGAUUGACAUUUUCAAAAAAAUCUCUGGUUUACAAAAGUUGGGUCUGGACUGCGCGGCUGAAGAUUUAGAGGCGGGGGAUGUCGUGUUUCUGGAGACGCCGCUGAACCCUCACGGCACGGCGUUCGACAUUGAGCACUAUGCAAAGAAGGCACACUCCCGAGGCGCGUUUUUGGUUGUCGACAGUACCUUUGGUCCACCGGGAAUUCAAAAUCCGUUUGAAUGGGGUGCUGACAUUGUGAUGCACUCGGGUUCGAAGUACUUUGGCGGACACAGUGAUUUGCUCUGUGGCGUGCUGGCGACCAACCGCAAGGACUGGUUUACGCAGCUUUACAAGGAGCGUGUCUACUUGGGGAACAACAUGGGAAAUCUCGAAAGCUGGCUCGGUGUGCGCAGUCUGCGUACUCUUGAACUACGCGUUCAGCGCGCCAGUCAGAACGCCACCAACCUCGUCUCGUUUCUCCACGCUGCAUUUACCGAGUCAAACCCGGCGUCUGGUAGCGACGCGGCCGCUAUCCAGGCUAUCCUUGGUGAAAUCAACCACGCCAGCCUGCAAUCCGAGGCAUUUGUGAAGAAACAAAUGCCCAACGGCUACGGCCCUGUGUUUUCGAUUUAUUUGAAGAGUCCUGAAUACGCCAAGCAGUUCCCGAGCAAACUACAGUUUUUCCACCAUGCGACCAGCCUCGGAGGCGUGGAGAGUCUGAUUGAAUGGCGAGCCAUGUCGGAUGCGCGAGUUGAUGCGCGGCUGUUGAGGGUCAGCGUGGGCGUGGAGAACUGGGAGGAUCUGAGGGAUGAUUUUGUGGCAGCUUUUAGAGCUUUGAUAGCGUAA